AUGAAUUUCGGCAACAACGGCAUAUUGUCCAGAACUCUAGAUCAGGCAGCUCAGGGAUCUCAGGGAACACUGGUGUGUACAAAUGGGUAUAAUGUGACGGCCGUGUUGCACCUCACCCUGACCACCUUCUGCCUUGCAGCCCCCUAUCACGUACCUUGCAGUGGUGCCCCUGUCCCAUGGCAUGAGCGCAGCCCUGUCGUUGACCGCAGAUUUCAGCUACAGACUAUGGCUUGUGCAAAGAGGGGCACUGGUGGUGGUUCUACUAGCGGGGCACAUGGGAUAAUUUUAUUUCACACAGGGCAUCUGCAGCAAUGUCUUCAAAGAUUGCAGCCUAUCUUCCCUGGUGAAAGUGUUGUGGAACAGCUUGUUGAGAUAAUAAAAGUUCUUGGUACUCCAACACGUGAGGAAAUCCAAUGUAUGAAUCGAAACUACACCGUGUUUGGAUUUCCUCAGAUCAAAGCUCACCCAUGGCCAAAGUUCACGAUCAUCCUGCUGCUGAGGCACAUGGUGACGGUCGGAGCGGCCAACCAGUUCGCCUUCAGCCUCCUCACACUUUCUGAUCAAUCACGUUACUGA